GUGCGGAUUCUGUAUGUGAAUGUAAGGGAUUGACGUCCCCGGUUCCACAAAUGUUCAGGAACUGACAGCAAAUAUCACUGCAUAAGUACUAAAAUGCUUACACAAGUUUAUACACGAACACUGGAUCCUUUCCUGGGACACACCAGCAAGGCAUCUAUCAAAUUGAUAAAUGAGCCCUCUCAGAGGCACCCAAAGUCUUAUGGACAAAAGAAGGCCAAGGAAUAUAAGGAAACCUUUAUGGGCUUUGAGGUUUGCAGUUUGAUACGCUGGCACAAAUGGGAGCCUGGGAAAGAGAGCUGCAAAACUCUCACCCUGAAAAAUGUCAGGAUGAAAAAACAGAAGGUGAAGUUUAGCCCUCCAAGAACACCAUAUUUUAGCACACUGUUCCCACAGGUCGUCAGUCUGAAUCCAGGAACCUCUUUUUCCCUCCCCAUAACCUUUCGACCUCUGGAGAAACAUGAUUAUGAAGAUGCAAUCACAUUUGAAACUGAAGAAGGCAGCUUUUCCGUGGCAUUAUGUGCUACCCUUUUACGCCAUUCACUUCUCUUCCCGGAGACACUCCAGUUGCCCACAUGUGCUGCUUAUGACACUUCAGAGUCUUCAUUCGUUAUGCAGAAUGAUUGUGACUUGCAGAUACCUUUUCGAUGGGACGUUCAACAUCCUUUCCUCUUUUUUCCAACAAAUGGUCUGCUGGAUCCCAAAUGUGAGAUAAAGAUCAAGGUUGUGUUUCAACCACAAGCUGCCCUUGUACACAAUGUAAUGGCAUCUUGUCUUUUUGGAGUUAAUGAGGAGAGCAAAAGAAGCAUCCAUCUUACAGCCAUUGCUAAAUACCCCUAUUUAGUUGUAAGUGUGCCAGGGGAGACCAAAGGGAUCACUGGAGAAUCAGAGCCAGUACUACAGUUUGGUCCACUUGGAGUGGGUUUAGUAGCAGAAAAACACAUAGAAAUUCUCAAUCUUUCUAUGGUAAAUUGCCCAUUCCGUAUUGAACGUUUCAAACAACUUUCACAAAUUGAUUGCAACUUUCACUGUGACACUUUACGUGAUGUGGUACCAGCCCAAGGGAAGCUGAAGAUUCCUUUGCAAUACCGUCCAAAGACAGUUGGCAUGGAGAGCGUGGAUUAUUUUCAUGUGAUACCAGUUGGAGACCUUACUAGGACACUGUUUAAGGUGUCUGGGAAAUGCCAAGGUCCAUCUGUGUCUCUUCUAAAGUCUUUAUUGAAUUUUGGCCUGGUGAACAUUGGAGAGCAGGUCUUGCGCACUCUGGAAAUUACCAACUCUUCAGCUGUGCCAGCCCAUUACCAGUUUGAAAUUGACAGCAGUGAGAGUGUAUUUUCUUUUGAUCAACCUUGUGGGAUACUUGGUCCUUGGGAGACUCAAACUGUUAAGGUUACCUUCUCUCCAUGCAAUCCUAUCCCUUACUAUCGGCGAGUGGCAUGCCUUAUACAUUAUCAGGAUCCAUUAUUUCUGGAUUUGAUUGGCACAUGCCACUCAGACAUGGAUAAACCAGCGAUUUUGCUCCCCAAGCAUCUUUCUCAAUACAGAUUGAACAUGGCACAGGGGUUAACCUUCUAUCCUCCAGAUAUUUUGUCUAGUAUGUUUCAGGAUGGAAAGCUAGGGAAAGAUCAAGAAGGAGCUCUCCUGUUAUUGACACAGGAUGCUGAUGACCAGCUUCCCGACAAACAUAGCUAUAUGGACUCUGUAUCUGAAUAUCUCAGUGAUGACUUUAGUAGUGAUAGUGCUGUGUCUCCAUCACAUAUUACAGCUAGUACAAGAGAUUUUGACUUUGGACGCUUUCUAGGAAAUGCUGAACCACUCCCAUUUUCUCUGACCAAUCACACCAAAGGAAAAGUGACGGUUAGCUGGAGCUGCAAGCACAAUAGCUUGUUUUCCGUGACCCCUGAUCAUAUAGAUAUCCCACCUCUGAAAUCCACAGCAUUUAGGCUGAUCUUCAAGCCAUCAAAACAGAAUACUCUUUAUAGCGGUGAAGUUGAGGGUUUCAUCUUCUAUAAGGUAUUGCGUAGCUAUCGCAAUGUAGAGGAUGCCACCAUUUGUCCACCAUGGUGCAUUACACUUCGAGCAAGGGGACAUACUUUUGAACUGGGACAUGAACACUUUGUCCCUAGAUGUGUUCUUGACACUCCAAGGGCGAUCUUUCCUCCAGCUGAACAAAAUGGCCAGACCCAGCGCACAUUGCUACUACAGAACACAGGAACAUCCAUUCUGAGUUAUACUAUAGACCAGGAGAGCUGUCCCUCCAUCCAGGUGAAACCCUCGUCAGGCUUUGUCGCCCCUGGGUCACAUCAGAUAUUGCUUUUAAGAACAUGCCCUCUUGACACUCAACUUUCAAGGCAUUGUCUAUCACUGCAGCUCAACAGUAGCCCUGACUUUGUCCAGGAAAUUGUGCUUUUCUCUCGCGCUGAAAUCCCUCAGAUCCAGCUGGAAAAUGAGGCAAAGCUGUUUUUUAGGCCAACCUGUGUGGGGACCCAAUGUGAACGCUCUUACACGAUAAAAAAUUGCUCUAGGUUACCUCUGCACUUUGAGUGGAAGAUACAGCACUCAGAUAGGUUGUUCAUUUCAGUUAGUCCAACCUGUGGAAUUAUCAGACCAAAUGAAACCAUGGCCCAAACCUGGUCAUUUGUGCCACAAGAAGAAAAACGUUAUUUUGCCAAAACCACCGUGCUUGCAUGGUCAGCUGAGGAGAACUCUGAGCCCGCUCAGAAAAGCCGAUACGUCCUUCGUAUUAGUGGAGAAGGACGCAAGGGAACUCUUUCUACAAAGCAGGAGCAGAUGGACCUGGGAAACAUCCUUGUUGGAGACUUUCAGUCAUGUGACCUCUUGCUCUCAAAUGAUGGAGAUUGUACCCUUGACUACUUAUUGAGUGUGACACAGGAAUUUUCUGAACAGUGUGACCUGGAUGAAGUUGUUAAUGACCCGAUUGCCCUGGAGAUUGAACCUAAUAAAGGCAGACUGCCUGCACGGACCAAACUCAACAUCAGAAUUACAGCCCGGCCUGCACGCAGACUCCAGUAUAAGUGGAGAAUCAGCUACAGUAUCCUUACUCCAAAAGUUUUGGAUCCUGCCAGUAGAGCCAGUGAUGAUCACUUCCUCUGCUGUGUGACUGCACAUGGGGUUUAUCCCUCGUUCUCUGUGGUGGAUGUGCGUCCUUCUGGAAGUGCCAGUUCUCUCAACAGGACACAGCUCUGGAGGCUGUUUUCAUUGGAUCGACUUAAUGCGUACCUUCAAAGGGAUCCUACCCAAGGGGAGCUUAUAUAUAGAGUGCCUACUCGCCACAGCACACGCUAUUGUCCUUCAGUUAAUACCCCAGUGCUACUUGAUUUCAACUUUGGGGCUGCGCCUGUUGGUUCAGAACCGUUUGUGGCUGUUCUUUUACUAGAAAACAAUGGUGUUUUACCUGUAAAAUGGGACUUCUUAUUUCCAGCAGAUCAGCAGAUUGAGCUGGAAUUCUGGGCUGAAACCUGGGAGUUUGAUCAGAGUGAAGUUCAUCAGAUGAGGAUCCAAGACAAUAAACUGUUUGUUGUCAGCCCCAAAUCUGGGGUUUUAAACCCCGGCCAGCAGCAAACUGUUCGGCUUUUGUACAGACAUGAUUUUAUCGGUACUGAUCGUUUGCCGGUACUGCUCAAGGUGUCUCAUGGUCGUGAGAUUUUGUUAAAUUUCAUUGGUGCCACAGUAGAGAAGGACCAACGCUAUGUUCACUUCACCUCCACAAAACACCAGUUCACACCUGUGGCAAUUGGCAGUUCAAACCCUUCCAAACAGGUGUAUGAACUAAUCAAUGGAGGUUCUGUAGCCGUCAUCUAUGAAAUUCAGUUGGAUUCGCUAAGGGAAAUGCAGGAGAAGAAUUACCACCAUCCAGUAUUCCAAUGCCUAAAACCCAGGGGGGAAAUAUUACCAGGUGGAACUGCUUUUGUGGAAUGGAUUUUCUCGCCAUUGGAAGCAAAAACAUAUUCAGUAGAUGUGCCGAUACAUAUUCUAGGAGGAGACUCUGCUCUGGUUACUUUUGAAGGUAUUGGCUAUGACCGUCAUGUUUUGGGGGAUACGGCAGUGUUUGGUGGUGGUUCUGCAAUAGCACCUACCCAGAGACCCACAUAUCAAGGACAGGUGGCACACCUGUCCCAGCAGAUUGUACACUUUGGAGACAUUCCGGUAUUUUGCAAAUCCAGCCGUCUGCUGUUCAUUAACAACACUUCCAAGAGUGAGACAAUAUUAUUUAACUGGUACGCAGGAUCAGCUACUGCCAGGGAGAUUCUGAAGGUAUCGCCUAUAUCAGGUGUUGUACAGCCAGGGAAUAGCACACAUGUUGUUGUCAUGCUUCAGACAGAUGAGCAAGCUGCUUUCUAUGCACUGGAUUUAGUAUGUGAGAUUUUCUUGCAGAAGGCCCUGCUUGAAUAUGAGCAAGAACUCCAAAAAUGGGUGGAAGAGGAAGAGCGUCAGUUUGUAGAGGUCAGCAUUAAUGAAUUUCCCUCUCCUUCUGCUAAGACAUGUCAACCUACAGGGGAUGAUUUAGGUGAAAUUGUCAAUACUAGCCAACAGCUAACAGAAAUAAGAAGAUAUAAGACUCUGCCACCUAUCAAAAAUGUGGUGGCUCCUAAUCCACCGGCCAGCCGAAACAGAGAAAGUCGUAAGGCAGAGAAAGAAGCACAGCGAAUCUGGAAAAAACCUGAAUCUCCUACCCCAUAUCAACUUCAUCUGUCAGUGACUGCUAGAUCUCACCACAUCCCUGACUUUUUGAACCACUUUGAUAAUGACUUCCAAAGGCAUUUCCUAAACCGGUUUCUCAAGGACACAAUGGACCAAUCUGCUUAUGUAGAUCUGCAACCAGAAACUGGUGAGUCAGAGAAGCAGUCAGAAAAUAUCACCCCAGAGCUGCAAGAAAUGGCCUCUGAUAUCAUGGCAACUAUAAUAAGGAGUCUUCUGGAUGAGAAACAUUUCCAUGAGGCUUUGGCCCAAGUUCAAGAUGAGCCUCCCCCCUACUACUUCCAAAUACAAAGUAAUGAGCAAUAUCAAAAUAUAGAUGAAACUCCCAGUAACAAUGGAGCACACUCAUCUACACCACAGGUUGAUACAGUAGGAGCAGAGGAGCAGGAAAAGGCGAUGAAGACACAGAAAUCGACAAAAUCUAAUUUACAACCUGAAAUGUUAUUAGGCAAAGAGAAUGAAGGUAAUCAACUAAUUUCAUCUCAUGAGGAGCACACCUUGGAGCUGAUGGAUAAUAUAAAAAGGACGCCAGCAUUUGCUUGUCUGAUAGAAUCCAUAUUGGAGAACACUUUGCAGAACAUAAUGAUUGAAGCCAAUCGAGGGGAAGUAGUCCUUACAACCCGUCCCAGAGUCAUCGCCCUACCACCUACAACCCCCAGGGGAAACAGCCCAACAUCAACAGUUCGUUCCCUUUCUAUGGACAGAAUUUAAAGCUGAAGUACGUUAUGCUCCUGGUGACCCAGAUCAUGCUGCACCUAUGGAGGAGGCUUCAUGUUUGCAAGCUAUCCUAGCCGUACAUCAAAGUAAAGUCACCUUACGAACUGAAGGCUUUAACUCACUGGCUUCCAAAGAGAGCUGCAUCACAUUAUAUAACAAUAUGUUGUAUGCUUUUCUGUCACCCAGGGGUUAAUAUUACUCUUCAUUACUUUUUUUCUUCAAUAAACCCAAUUUUAUCAAUAAAUGAUUUGAUGCCAUGAUAUCCACAUCUACAGUCACACGUCUGAGGGUUUGCAAGUAUUCUGGAUUCAUUUACUGUAUUUGGCUGUAUAACUCUGGUGUUGGUUGGUUUGUGGAAGUACAAAUAAUAAAUCAUUUUACUACCGAUUUAA